CAUCCCUGCCGGAGAGUCUGAAGCCGCAUGAGUCUGAAGUCGCUUUAAGAGAUAUCUGAGCUCCUGUCCUGACAAGACACCUUCCAGCUUCUCCUCCAGAAAAAAAUAAAAGAAGAAAAUUUAAAACCUCCACCGUGUCUCACCUGAUGCACAACAGCGCCAGAAGUCCCAUAAAGAAGAAUAUUUCGUUUUCCCUGACAGGAGAGCAGUGAGCCCACGCGGACACAGGAGUCUCCCCUCUCCCUGUAGGGUCCACCUCAAUCAGUGGGAGCAAAUCCACAUUUAGAUCCAGGACGGCUGCAGAAACCACGGGCUACAAAUGAAGACAGCUGUAAGGACUAGCAGAGAUUAAGGAUAAGGAAAAACUGAAAGAUGUAAAUGUUAUUCAUGAAGUAGUUUUAGCAGGUGUGACAAAAUAAAUUCAUUUAGUCCUCUGGCUUUGAGGUGAGACCACAAAAGCCAUCAUGGAACUGCAGCACAGCACCAAUCACAACCAAGCCUUGUGGAAAGAGAUACCAUGGGAUCUCACUGAGGACUGCUCGCUCUCAGUCAGCGGCACCACUUUCCUCAUCAUUGCUUACAGCACAGUUUUGGCCGUGGGUCUCAUUGGGAACUCUUGCUUGGUGUUCGUGAUUACACGGCACAAGGAGAUGCACAACGUUACCAACAUCUUCAUCGUCAACCUGUCUUGUUCUGACAUUCUAAUGUGCAUCAUAUGCCUGCCGGUGACUAUUAUCUAUACACUCAUGGAUCACUGGAUCCUUGGAAACACCCUGUGUAAGCUCACUCCCUACAUCCAGUGUAUUUCAAUAACUGUUUCCAUCUUCUCCCUCAUACUCAUCGCCAUGGAGCGCUACCAGCUGAUUGUCCACCCGACUGGAUGGAAACCUUUGGUAAGACAGUCCUAUUUGGCAGUGGCUGUGACCUGGAUUGUAGCCUGCCUUAUCUCAGUGCCUUUCCUCUUGUAUAGCGUGCUUACCUUGCCUUUUCAGAACCUGAGCAUCCCUUUGCCAGUCAGCGACCACCUUAUUUGCAUGGAGCUGUGGCCAUCGGUUAAAGUUCGGCGAGCUUACACCACCUCCCUGCUCAUUUUCCAAUUUUUACUCCCCCUUGCCCUCAUCAUGGUCUGCUACCUGCAAAUCUACCUACGCCUCAGGAGGAGGAAGGAUAUGGUGGAGCGUGGCAGGAGCGUAACUGAAAAAAAUAACAAGGGCUCUGCAAGGAUCAACAUUAUGCUAUUCUCCAUAGUGGUGGUCUUUGCCCUCUGCUGGCUCCCUCUCAACAUCUUCAACACUGUGUUUGACUGGAACCAUGAGGCUAUCCCUUCCUGUGGUCAUGACGUCAUCUUUUCAUUCUGUCACCUCGCAGCCAUGGCCUCCACCUGUGUCAACCCCAUCAUCUAUGGUUUCCUCAACAGAAAUUUCCAGAAACAGCUCAAGUCCACCCUGUUACGCUGUCGCUGCUGGGGGGUGGCGGAGAGAUACGAGAUUGUUCCAUUGUCCACUGUCAGCACAGAAGUCACCAAGGGGUCAGUGACAGGUAAUGGAUCUAUCAGCAUCAAUACAUAGAUAAGAGUCUGAAGUGAAAAUCAAGGGAAGCAGAGGAUGCCUCUUGACCCCUAUCAUGUCAUCAUUUGGAGCUUUCUUGUGCUUUGUUUUUAGGCAAGAGAAAAGUUGACAUUUGUACCUUUAAAACUCUAAACAGCAGUGCAAACAAAGCUAACUGGGGACACUUAUUCAGCUUUGGACAGUGUUCUUGAAUCAUUAUGAAGUUGCACAGAAGAGGAAGUAGAUAAAAUCAUGGUGCAAAUGUUGGACAAGUUUAAGUAUUGUAGGACAAUGGAGGACACUUUACAUAAACACAUUUUCAGCUGUCGUCUGCACGCAGGCUGUCACAACAUACAGUACAAAUUACGAGACAGCCUUGAAUCUGUCAUACUUAUGUUGUGUUUUCUGUCUGAAGCUCUGCAGUCUGGCCAGAGGUCAUGUUUAAAUAAAAAUCAGCUGAUAUCACCAUCUUUUUACACUUCAACUGCAGUAAAUAUGUGACCCACCGGAAAGUACUGGAGGAAACAAAAGCCACAGCAAAUGUUCUUUUCAAUAUAGCUGUUUUAUGUUAAUGAUAUUAAUGAAAUAUUAAGGGGUUUGCAAACUGUGAUGUGUUACUGGUUGUCAGAAGAGACGCUUAUUACAUAACUGGAGACGAGCAUAUCAGUGAACUGGAUGUAGUCGCUUAACUUGCAUCAUCUUAAUGCUUUUUUUAUUACCUAAAAUCACCUCUGUUGUAAUGAACUCUUGCAGAGAACCUUGGUAAGAGCUGCAUACAUCUCAUGCUGUCAGUCAAGGUCUUAAACUCCUGAAUGUAUGUUUGGGAUGGUGUCUCGUAAAAUGUGCCAUACAAUAAUCAUAUAUCAGCUGCAAUAAAACAAAAUAAAUGUGACAGUAAAGGACUUUGUCAGAGCAGAGCAGGUCUCGUCUGCUGUAUAUAUAUAUAUAUAUAUAUAUAUAUAUAUAUAUAUCAUACAACAGAGUUCCAGUUUAUGGUGGGAUCUGCAAUAAAGCUCACUUUGUAGCAUAGUAAGUAUCUCUUGGUAACCUGUUGUCAGUCACUUUGUGGAGUUUAAUUGCAUUAAACAUAUA